AUGAAGGACAACUAUAUGAUUAUUUUGCUUUUUGGAUUUCUUAUAAGUCCGUGGCAUAAUACUUUUGCUAACGAACCUGUUAGUGUUACGAAAACAUUUCAAUCUAGCCAAAUGGUUUUUGCUAAUCCUGAACGAGGAUGGAUUACACAUCGAUUUGCCAAUGAUCUUUGGGGCCUUAACGAACUGCGAAACAGCAUAGAAAAAGUGUCGUUAGUCCUUAUCAAAAUAGACAUAUCAGCCUACGUCAAUAGUACACAUAUUGGGCAAAGUAAACUCAAUGAAAUUCGUUCAGCGCUCAGCAAUUGUCGUCAAAACGGAUUAAAAGUUAUUCUGCGUUCAGCCUAUGCUUGGGAUUCAAUCUUAGCUCCAGAUCCAAAGAACAUUGAAACUAUUAAAAACCAUAUCUUGGAUAUGAAACCUAUCUAUUAUGAGUACGAAGAUAUCAUCGUUGCUGUCGAGAUGGGUAUGUUUGGACCAUGGGGUGAAAUGCAUUCAUCACAACACAGUACUAUCAAUACUAAAUUCUAUUAUCCCGUUGAAACUGGUGCACUUAGACAAGUUCAUACCGCCUAUAUGUCUGCACUACCAAGUAGACGUUCAGUGCUUGUUCGUAGACCGUAUUAUAUUCGUCAAAUCUUUAACGAUGAUAAACCUCUGACAUCUAGUGAAGCUUAUGGCAAUACUCCAAAAGCACGUACUAGUUAUCAUAAUGAUGCCUAUCUUGCCAGUAAAGAUGAUGAAGGUACUUUUGGUCCAGGAUGGUCGCGAGCUCAAGAACUCGUUUAUAUUAAUCAAAUGACUCAUUAUACUUUUUUUGGUGGUGAAUCAUUUGGAACUCCAAAUGAUACGUACAAUAAUGCUCAGAAUGCAAUGUUAGAAUCAAAAUUGCAACAUAUGACAUAUCUUCAUCGAGAUUACUACACACCUAUUUAUAAUGCAUGGGGUAGUUCAGUGAAAGAAGAAUUUACACGUAAACUUGGCUAUCGUUUUGAAUUAAAAACUCUUUCUUAUUCCAAAGAAGUGGCACCCGGUGGAAUAUUAAAUUUUUCUUUGAAAUUACAAAAUACUGGCUUUUCAGCAAUGCAUCUUGUCAGACCUGUAAAUCUGAUACUUGAUAAUGGUAAAACAGGUGGUGAACGUAUUAGAUAUCAAACUACUCUUAGUGUAGAUCCUCGAACGUGGACAGCAGAAGCUAAUAUCAUAAGCAUUGAUCGCAAGCUUCGUAUCCCAGCUACUAUCAAUCAGGGUGCUUGGCAAUUGCUUUUACAUCUGCCUGAUGAUAACAUUCAGUUACAGAGUGACGCACGGUAUACUGUUCGAUUUGCCAAUGAAAAUACCUGGAAUGCUGAUGGAACAAAUCUAUUUACGAAUGAUAUUUUAAUCAGAACUUCCGCUCCAGGUUCGCAUACUAAUGAUAAUGUGUUUCAUGAGAUUACAGCUACUACUCAUACACCAUCAAUAAGUCAAUUAUCCGUGAUAAAAACAGCAACAAUACUGAUUCUCUUUGCUGAGUAUGAUCAAGAUUAUUCCUUUCAUCAAGCUUUUAUUGAUGCAGACAACAAUAUUGCCACGGGUUAUUUUGUUCAAGGAAUAGGUGCAGAUUUUCUUGUUGAAAAUAGUAAUUACUAUCGUCACAGCGGAAACAAAGGUAGCGAUUGGUUAUGGCAAUCUCUAAGUGGAUCAGUUAUACCUAUAAUCAAAAAUCAACAAUAUAUUUGGCAAUUGCCCAUAGCUAAUCUGAAUCUACCCAUUACAUUAUCGUCUCCAGUAGUUUUUGCAGGUGCAAAGGAUGGUAUUCGUUGUGACGGUUGUCAUGCAUUUGAAUUUUCUAAUUUACGUUAUAAGUGUCAAGUGUGUGGGGACUAUGAUUUGUGUAUGACAUGUUAUAAUAAUAAAAAAGAAACUUGGAAUCAUUUAACAUCACAUAAAAUGAUAUCAAUUGAAGCACCAUUGAUCGAUAAUCGCAAUUCCCUUGUAAAACAACAUAUGAAUCAAAUAAGUCAUCUCGAAGAAUCACAUUUAUCAAAAGUCUUGUCGAAUAUAUCUGCUGAUAAUGUCCGAAUCAAAAGAAUAUCAUCAUCAACGGAAAUGCUUGUUGAACGAUCAGUUAGUGACAGCCGAAUGAAAACGAUGUCAUCGUCUACUGAGAUGCUUGAUAAAAUAUCGAUCAAUGACAGCCGAAUGAGAAUGAUUUCAUCAUCUACUGAAAUACUUGAUAAACGAUCAAUUAAUGAUAAUCGAAUGAAAACGAUCGCAUCCUCAAUUGAAAACUCUGACAAACUAUGGAUUAGUGAGAGUGGAAUAAGAACGGUAUCAUCAGCAAUUAAAACACUAGAGAAACGAUCGAAUAACGAUAAUCGAACAAGAAUAGCCUCAUCGUCAAAUGAUGCAUUUGAAAGACUGGUGACCAAUGCCAAUCAAAUAAGAACAGUUUCACCAUCAGCUAAUAACAGUCGAACAAUAAUGAUAACACCAACAACUGACACAUCAGACAAACGAUCAGCUAAUGACAAUCGAAUUAAAAUCGCAUCGUCAUCAAGUGACACACUUGAUAAGCUAUCAGUCGAUGAAUUGUAUGAAUUCUUGCUUCGAUAUGAUCUAAAUAUGAGAUCACUGGCAGAAAAGUUCAAAAGUGAGCGAGUUUGUGGUGCUGAUUUAAUGAGCUUUGAUGAAGAUGAUUACAAAAAAAUUUCUGUUACCUAUGGAGAAAAGAAAAAGCUUAAACUUCUGAUUGAACAAAAACAAUUAAUUUCAAAUACUCGUUCAGUUGUCACAACUACCCAAGUAUUUGAUUCAGCACAAAUUCAAAAAGAAUUAAAUUAUUUAAAAGCUAUUAUAGAAAAUCAAGAGAAACAGAUACAAGUAAAAAAUAAAGCUAUUCAACAACUUGAAGAUAUUCUUGGAAAAAAAGAUCAACAAAUACAGUAUCAAGAUUCAAUGAUAGAACAAUUAGAAGUGACAAUUCAAAAACAAUGUGAAGAAAAUCUGAUAUAUACGAAACUGAUGCAUCAGAACACUGCUCCACAAAACUACUUUGCACAACAAUCAGCGGUUGUUCAAGAUCAAUUAAUGAAUAUACCAAAUUAUAUUUCAAAAAUUUCAAUUGUAUUAUCAGAUCCAUCAAAUCAAAAUGUUCCUGUUGUUCGAUCAAACGUUUUAACAGCCAUAGAUCUAAGCAAAAAUAUGCAACACGUUCCAGUAUUGAAGACAUCCCUUCCUACUUCAUGUGAAGGUCCUAAUUCAUCUGAUGUUCACUUUCCAGCUGUUUAUCAUCCAGAUCAAGAGGUACUCGUUACCAAACCAAUUAUUGAAAAUCCUUAUAAUAUAAAUAAUUAUGGAACGUAUAAAGUAACAAUAUAUUCUCAAGAUUCACAGCAUAUUAUUACUGAAACAUUGUUAACCGUUAUUCCUGAGAUAGAAAUAUGCGUUCCCAAACAAUUUGUUGUUCGUGAUUCUAUUAAUAAUAUUGUAGUAGGUGGAAUUAUUACAUUGAAACGUGUGGAAGAAAACUCAGUAAUUUUUACUGGUACAACAGAUCAAACUGGUACGGCUAUUUUACCUGAUGCUCUUGCUGAUGGUACUUAUGAAGUUGAAGUUUAUUCUCCUGAUAAUUCCAAACUUCAACACUUAAAAUUUAUCAUGGUAAUAUAUCAAAAUCGACGACAAAAUUUUAUCAAUAAAUUUAUUGGGCGUAGCGAUUUAGGCUCAAAUCAAAUGCAUAUGGUGCUUGAAUGGGAUGCAGAGCCUAAAGAUUUAGAUUCUCAUCUAUUUUCAUCUGAUGGUAAACACGUCUAUUAUUUAAAGAGAAGUGAUGGAAAUAUUAUGUUGGAUUGUGAUGUUCAAAAUGGAUUUGGUCCCGAAACUAUGACAUUUACUAUUGAACCAAAUUUAAAAUAUGUUUAUGCAGUUCAUCGUUAUUCCUAUGAACCCAUGUUAACUCAAUCGAAAGCAAGAGUUACAUUUAAUUUUAAUACAGAAACGACACAAAUAAGUAAAUUUGAAAAUGAAAAUAAAUUAAUCAAUGGUGAAAUUCAUUGUAUACCAGAAAUAACACGUCCUGAAGCGAGAUUUUGGAUUGUGUGUAUGAUUGAUGGUUCAACAAAACAAAUCAAAUUUUUUCCAAAUGCAUUCGAAGAUUAUAAUGAUUAUCAAACAAAUACCAUUGGCAUGAAAUAUUUUACAGCAUAA